CAGCACGACGGCCCUGCUUUCAGUCAAACACGACUUUCGCGGCAGUCUACCGCUUUCAGUCAACGUUCUUUCUACAGGUAUUAGUGUUCCAACACAAGGAGAGUCUCGCAUCGAGCAAGCGACUUGGACCGGGACAGAGCCUGGACUGCGCGUGCUGAGGCCCUUUGACGCUUGAUGGCCUGUUAGCGCGGGAGGCCCCUCAGCACCAACGUCAGCCGGCAGCGGCAGCUGGCUUUCUCUAUCAGUGCCAACAAAUGAGAGCCAUCGCGUCGGCUCCCUCCCGGGUUGCGCCGCGGCGUGCCGGGCACGGGUGUUAGUACCAACGGAGUGCAGUCAGCGGGCAGGCCACCCAGGGCGAGCCGGGUGACAACGCUCCCGCGCUCGGCAAGACACAGCUGCGCAAGUCAGCAUGGCCAGCGCGCUGCCAGUUGAUCCACUGACCGCGGCCGGCGUGGGGCUGGCGCCGGCAGCGCACCUGGCGGCCCCGCUGUUGGCAGCGGGCUGGGCAGGUCAGGGUCAAGGCCCCAACGCCAGCCUCGAGGGGUCCAGCAGCACGGGUGAUCACCUUCACCCGCACGUAGAUGAUCAUCACCACUACGGAGACAGCCUGCUUGUGGGGAUGGAGGGGCACGGUGAUCACGCCGGCUUCGAGUACGGCAGCGUCCGGGAGAUCUCUAUCGGUGAGGAGGACCACUGCAGCCCUAACGACGCCGAUCCACACGGCGCCGGCGCCGCCGACGCUGCCGCCGUCACGGCUUACAUCAGCACCGGCGCCACAGGUGGCGCAGGGAUAGAUGGCGCAGCCGGCGUCAGCGGCACGGGCGGCGCGGCGGCGAACGGCGCCGCACAGCGCGCUCAGAGCGGCGGCUCGGACGCGGAGGACAGCACGCCGCUGGCGUCUGACGCGGUCCUGGGCGUGGGCAUGGGCAGCCUGGGGGUGCCGGCCUCGGAGGCGGCGUGUGCCGGCGGCAGCGGACUCGGCGCUGGCGUGCCAGCCUGCGGCAGCGCCAGCGCGAUCGCCAGCAUGGUCCGCCCCAGCGGGGCCGCGCUGCCACCGCCUGUGUCGCCGCAGCUGCCUGGGGUGCCGCAGGUGGCGCUGGCGGCGCCGGCACCCAUGAGUAUGAUCCCAGUGUCGGGCCUGUCGACCGGGCCGGGUGCGCUGCCAGCGGCACCGCCGGCAGUGGGCGCCGCCGCGCCCGGGUUCAUGCCGUUUUCGCAAUUCCAGCAACCGCACAUCAACAGCAAUUCCGCGCACACCAGCAACCCGCACCUCAAGCACCUGAAGCAUCAGGCACAGCACGGCGGCGCUGCAGGCCAGCACAUGGUGCCAGUGCCCAUGGCUCCCAUGCUGGUACCGCAAACGCCGCACCCUUUCCAGGCCAUACAGGCACAGCCCACGCACCAGCAGCACCAGCAGCAUACGUAUACGCAUACACAUGCACAUGCACAAACGCAGCAACAGCAGCAGCAAGCGCAGAACCGGGCGACGGGGCUGCCCACGGCAGCCGCCAAGGCCGUCGCGAGUGGCAGCACUCCGGUCUCCCCGGCCAGCCGACGGCAGGCACAGAAGGGCCGCGCGCCACCGCGGCCGGUGGUGAUCAGCCGCAGUGGCUCGGGCUCUCUACCUGCCACAGCGCGGGCGCAGCCCACGUCUCCCGGCGCCAAUGGUGCGGCCAAGUCGCGGCCGCGCCGGCGCGUGCGGCCGGGGCGCUCGGUGUACGACCUGACUGAUGAGGAUGAGCCGGAGCCGGAGAGCGAGGACAGUCCGGAGGAGGACGAGCCGCCCAAGAGCAGCAGCCAUAGCAGCGGCGAGAGCGAGAUGGAGGAGGGCGAGAGCGGCAGCCGCGGCGGACCAGCGGCAGCCGGCGCGCAGCUGCACAAGUCGCAUAGCCAGCAGCAGCGGCAGCAGCAACAGCAGCAGAACCUGCGGCAACAGCUGCAGCAGCUGCAGCAACCGCCGCAGGUGGAUGCAAUGCCAGGCUGCCGCCGAUGCCACUUUGCACCCGCCGGCUGCCAGCGCUGCAGGACGCGGCCCCAAGCGUCGCGCCCCUACGCCCGGUGGCGCCCGGAGGAGGGCCGGUUUCAGGAGAGCGUGCCCGCGGCCCCGGUGUUCUACCCUACGUCGGAGGAGUUUGCCGACCCGCUGACGUACAUCAGCAAGAUCCGCUCGGAAGGGGAGAAGCACGGCGUGUGUCUCAUCGUGCCGCCCGCCUCCUGCUGGGACCCGCCCUUUGCCUUAGGCGAUGACGCUGCGGCGGCAAACGGCGCGGUUGCAAACGGCAGCGCGUCAGGCAGUGCAAAGCAUGGCGCUCUGCGUUUCGAAGCGCAGCGGCAGGUGACCAGCCAGCUGUGCAUGCGGCGGGGUCGCGCGGAGGGUGGACAGCAGCAACAGGUCGGGGGCAGCACUGGCGCAGGCGCCAAAGACGCCACGACAGGUGCAGCUGCAGUGGCGCUAACGGUAUCGCCGCUGGGUGCAUCUGGGGCUGCGGUGCCGCAGAAGCCUGCGGGCGUGCGACUGGUCGCACCGCAAUGCACCGCCGCCGGCCGCGGCAAGGGCGCGGCGGCCGCCGCCGCCGCCCGCACGCCUGGUGCAGCGGUCGCGGACUCUCUGGCCCACUACGUCACAGCGCUGCGGGCGCACCCGCUGAUAGGUGUGGACGAGGCAGCGCUGAGCGCCGCGAACGCUGCCGCGGCCGCUGCAGCGGCCGCCGCCGCCGUGACGGCCGCGGCCGGCGCUCAUGGGAACGGCGUAGGUGCUGCUGGCGGCGGCUCCAGCCGUAUGACGACGCGGUCCGUCACCGGUCGCCGGCCGCCGCACCGGCGGUACGGCGGCGGCGCCUCCGGCGCUGGCUCCGGACGCCGCGGCGACCUUACCGAAGACGGCGACAGCCGCGGCGGCGGCGCAGGCAGUGACUCGGGAGGCAGCGACAGCGGAACAGAACAGGGCGGAGAGCAGGGGUCAGCGGGCGCGCGCAGCGGCUGCGAGGGGUGGGGCGGCGGCCGGCCACACACGCUGCGGUCGUUCCAGGCGUACUGCCGCUGGGCGCGGUGUGUGCACUUUGGCCUGCCGCCGUUCGGCGGGGAGCAGGCGCUGCGGAGGCAGCGGUCCCUCGGCCUUGAGAGGGUUGGCUCUGGCGCACUGCGUGUCGCGAGCGGGCGUGUGACGAAGCCCUCCGCCGGCACCGCCUCGCCGCCGCUGGCCACCAGCCGCGCCGGCGUGCCGCUGCCGCCGAGCGUGCAGGCUGCAGUGGCCCGUGCGGCAGCGGGGUGUGAGCCCACACUGGAGGAUGUGGAGGCGGAGUUCUGGCGCCUGGUGGAGCGGCCGGUGAUGAGCCAGGCGGUGGAGGCGCUGCACUGCCCCGAGCUGGACACGGCGCGCGCCGGCUGCAGCGGCUUCCCGUUGCCGCCCUGGCGCCGGCCCCACGCAUCACCCGCCAGCACCGGCAACGGCGCCGCCAAUGGCACUGCCAACCCUGCUGCGCCCCCGCCGCUGCCCGGCGACGAGCGCUGGCGCUACUACGCGCUGCACCCCUGGAACCUGCACAACCUGCCGCGCGCGCCCGGCUCGCUGCUGCGCUACCUGCCGCUGGCGGGAGAGGGGCUGCUGCCGCGGCUGACGUGCCCGGCCCUGAGCGUGGGCGGCGUGAUGAGUGCGGGCGGCUGGCGGGCGGAGGAGCUGGGUCUGUACUCGGCGAGUUACCUGCACACCGGCGCUAGCAAGGUGUGGUACGGCGUGCCGGCAGCGUCGGCCGGCCAGUUGGAAGCGGCUCUGCAGGACGCGCUGCCGCAGCUGUUCCCGACACCGCCGCUGAUCCCCACAACGGACAGCGCGCAGCCACUGCUGCCGCCGCUGGCGCAGGAUGCGGCGCCGCAGACGCUGCUGUCGCCAAUGGAGCUGCGGCGCCGCGGUGUGCCGGUGUUCAGGCUUGUCCAGGAACCCGGCAGCUUCGUUGUGACUUUCCCGGCGGCCCACCACGCCCACCUUGACGCCGGCUUCAACGUCGCCGAGUCCGUCAACUUCGCACCGGCCGACUGGCUGCCGCACGCUGCCGACGCGCUGCGGCGCUACCGCGCCGCCGGCCGCGCGGCCCCUGCCAACCUUGACGGGCUGCUGCUGCGCCUGGUGGCGGCGGCGCCGGCCGUGGCGGCGGCACAGCAGGCGGCCGCCGCGCUGCACUCGCUGCGCCCAAGCGAGGCGCUGUCGGGCUUUGUGAAAACGGAGCCGCUGGCCCUGGCGCGGGCGGCCAGCGGUGCGGUGCCGGCGGCGCUGCCGCAGGCGAUGCAGAUGGUGCCGGUGUCCGGCAUGGUGCAGAUGUCGGCCGUGUGCGGUGCCGGUGCCGUUGGCAGCGGCAUGGUCGGGCGUUUGAAGGCGGAGGAAGAGGCGGGGCCGGGCGCCGGCACGGGGCCCGUGGCAUGCAAGCUCGACCCAGCGGCCGUGGCGGCCGCCACCGCAACCUACGCUGCGCAGGCUGCGGCCGCCGCCGCUGGCAGCAGCGCUGCUGGCGGUGCAGGCGGGGCUGUUGCGCCUUACAGCUGGCAGCAGGGCGUCAGCUUUUCGACGGUGCCGCCGACGUUGGUGGCGGCGGCGGUGGGCGAGCUGACGCUUCGGCUGGAGGAGGAGGGGCAGCGGCGGGCGGCGGCGCGGGAGGCGGGCGUGGUGGCAGAGCAGUGUGUUGCCGGCGAGGCCGCGGGCGGCGGCGCGCAGUGCCCUGUGUGCCGCGACGAGCUGUGCCUGUCUGCGGUGACCAGUGGGGAGCGGCCGGGCGCGGCGGCGUGCCCCGUGCAUGUGUCCGCGCUGGGCGCAACUCCAAGCUCGUGCACGCUGUUGGUCAGGCACUCGCUGGAGGACCUGCGCUCGAUGCUGGACUCGGCACAGGCGCUGUUCCCCGAGGCCUUCGCGGCGGCGGUGGCGGCCGCAGCUCAGCGCCGGGCGGCGCCGCCGCCCCUGAGCGGCAUCUGGCGGCGCGGCCCGGUGUGCAAGUACGGUGUGCCGUUCUCCCGGCCGUUGAGCCAGCAGGACAUCAAGGACGCGCUGCGCGAGUCCGUGCGCGCCGUCGCCACCAGCGCCGCCUCAGCUGAUGCCACCGAACCAUGCGCGCCCUACGACCCUGACGCGGUGCCGGCGCCGGAGGCAACCGGCACCGCCGCCGCAGCCGCACGCGAAGCCCCGGCGGCGGCCGGGGCUGCAACCGGCACCGCGUCGCCACCACGCGGCACCACGCCGGCGCUGCACUCGGUGCGCUCGGGCGACGGCUCGGAGGGCGAGGCCGGUCGCGAGCGACUGGGGCCGCGGCAGGUGCUGAUGCUGGAGGAGCAGCAGGAGGAGGCAGCACGGCGGGAGGAGAUGCGGCGCGCGCAGGAGAAGAUGAAGAAGUCGCGGGCGCAGCGCGCGGCGCGGCGCAACGCGGGCGUCGCGCAGGCGGACGGCCCGGCGGGAGGGCCCGCAGAAGCCUCGCAGCCGCAGCCGCAACAGCAGCAGCAGGUGCAGCUCGCGGCGCAAGCUGAAGUCAAGCAGCAGGUGGCUUCGCCGACGGUACAGCAGCAGCAGGUGGCGGCGGUAGCGCCGCUGCCGCCGCCACAGCAACAGCAACAGCCGCAGCAGGUGGCUUCGCCGCCGCCUCAGCUGCAGUCACAGCCACAGCCGCCACAGCAGCAGCAGGUGACAGAGCAAGCCCCUGUUCCACCUCCCGCACCAGCGCCGGCCUCGCCACCAGCCACAGCCACGGCAGCCCUGCCGUCUGGCUCAGCUGCGCCUACCCCUGCCGUGCGGGCCAACACCCAAAGUACGGUCGUGCCUCCCCUGCCACUGGCCUCGCCGACUGUCAUUCCUGCAGUCACGCCGGCGACCGCGCCCGCGGUCCCGCCCGCGUCCGCCGUCGCGCUGUCGGCUGUCGUGCCGGCGGUGUCCACGGUCGGGCCGGCGCCGGUGGCGGUGCCGCCCGUGGUCAUCGCCGCCUCCGCCGCUGACGUGCUGCACAUGCAGCAGCAGCGGCUGGCGGGCGCGUGCAGCCCCACCGCCGCGACGGCGCCGCAGCUACAGCAGGGCGUCAAGCGGAACGUGCGCAGCGACGCCGCAGCAACGGCGGCGGAGCGGCUGGUGCGGCCGCGCCGCGAGCGCCGCGUGCCCAAGCACCUGCUUGACGCGGAGAUGGAGUUGGCGGAGGAGAUGGCAACAUUCGUGGCCGCCAGCGCGGUGACGUCACCGCGGCCUGCUGGUGGCACGCCGGUCGCGUCGGUGGCAGCAGGGGCGGCCCGCGUGCGUGGCGGUGGGGCAGCAGGAGGUGCAGGAAGCGGAGGCGGCUCGGCGAGCGGCGGCACGUCCGCCACGUCCAGCCAGCAGCAGUACCAGCAGCCGGGCGCGGCGGCGCCGCAGCUCGCGCUGCAGCAGCAGCCCUCCGUCAGCACCGAGCUGCAGCUGCCGCUGCCGCCGCCUCCUGCCCAGGCUCUAAUCACGACUGCUCCUGUCGCGCCAGCGGCCGCUGCCGCGCCUGCCGCCAUGAACGGCACGGGGAAUACCGCGGCGCCACUGGCGCAGUCGGCGGCCGAAGGCGCCGCCGCCGCGGCUGCCGGCGGAGCGGCGGCCGUGACCAUUGAGGAUUUGGGGGUGUCGCCUCGCCGCAGUAGCCGCGCCACACGGCCUUCCGUGCGGCUACUGGACGUGUCGGUCGCAGCAGGCGCCGCCGGGGCACCUGCAGCGGGCGGCGCCGCUGUGAACGGCAUGGGCGCUGCUGGCGGCGCCAGCGGUGCGCAGACGCCACAGGUCGCCAGCUCAGGCAACACGUCCGGCGGCGGCGCGGCCGCAAGCUCCGGUGUGAGCAGUGGGAGCGGCGGUAGCGGUAGCGGUAGCGGUAGCGGUAGCGGCGGGGGCGCAGCGCCGGGCGUGCUGCUGCUGCGGAAGGAAACCACCAGCGGGCCCUCCACUGGCGGCGGCAUGCGUCCGGGCGGACCCAUGACGGCCCGCCGCAUGCCGCUGGCGGCGCCGCCAGCCAGCCUACCGCCUACCGCCGCCGCGGCGGCCGCGGCCGCAGCCGAGCAUGCCGGCGGGGUUGUCGAGAAUGGCGGUAAGGGCGCUGCCGCGCGCUCGGCGGCACCCAUGGCGAACCUGGUGCCCGCGGCCGCGGCGCCUCAGGUCGUGCCGCUGGCGCUGCACCUGCUGGCCGCGGGCGUCCCGCCGGCAGCGGCGGCGGUCGCCGUGCAGGCGGCGGCCGCCCGCGUACAGAUGCACGCAGCGCAGCAGGCCGCCGCCGCCGGCGCCCAGGCGAACGGGCAGCCCGCCGCAGCCAAGCCUGCCGCGCAGCAGACCGCUGCGGCUGUGGCUGCGCCCACGGGUGCGGCUGCGGCACAGGCUCCGGCACAGCCCGAGGCAGAGCAGCAGCAGGCCACAGCGAAUGGCGGCCGGCCUGUGCGCAAGCGGCGUACUGCUUUGAGUGAAGACAUGGUCGUGUACGGUGAGUCGGCGGCACUAUUCGGUGGACAGGGCCCCACGCCGCCCUCCAACAAGCGCAAGGCCGGCUCCGGCAAGGGCGCCACCGCAAAUGCGGCGGCUGCGCACGAUGGCGCAGCUGCGCCCUCCGGUGAUGUCACUGCGCCCGCUGCUGCAGCCCACGGUCAGAAGGCGCAGCCCGCGUCUGCUGCCUCAGCGGCCAACGGGGCCGCUUCUGCUGCCGAUGCGAACGGCAUCCACGCGAACGGGCUGGGCGUGCACGCAGCGCAGCCCAGCCUGAGUCAGGGGCACAGCCAAGGCCUCAGCCACAGCAACGGCCACCACCACGACGGCCACAGCCACAGCCUGGAAGAGCAAGUGGACCUGGCAGACGAGCUGCGCCCCAUCGCCGCCGGCCUUUCGCCUGCCCACGGGCUCUUCGGCGACCUGCACAACCGCGCGCCCACGCCGCAGCCCUCCAACUCUGGCCUGGGGGGCGGCGGCGCCCACCUCAGCCACCUCAAUCACCACCUGACCAACGGGCACGGCGCCGCUGGCGCGACCCAGCACCUCCACCAGCACCACCAUGCGUCGGUUGUGGCGGCGCCGCCCAGUCCGCUCCUGGGCCUUAUGAACGACCACGACGUGUUCCUGGCGGAUGGCGAGCGCGGCCUUUCGCUGUCCGCCUCCGCCAACGCCAUGGAUGUGCUCAUGACGCACAGCCACAGCCACAACCACCUCAACCUGCUGGCGCUGGCGCCCGGGCACGCCACGCCCACCGUCAGCGGCAUGGGCGGCAACCACCUGGCCGGCGGUGCGGGCACGGGCAGCGAAGCGGCGGCUGCGACGGACGGCGAGGUGACGGCACUGGCUGGCGCAGGAGCCGGCGGGGGUGCUCUGGCAGCGGUGUCGCAGCUGGAGUCCAUGCCUAGCCUGGCUUCCGGCCUGGCUCUGGGCCUAGCACUGCCGGAUGCGGCAGGUUUGGCGGCAGCAGGUCUGGGAUCAGCUGAUCCGGCGGUAGCGGGAGGUACUGGUAGUGGAGCUGCCAUCGGUGGCACGCUGCCACUGAUGUCGCCCACGGCACCAUCGCCGGCUCCAGGUGCAGCAGCGAGCCCUGCCGCGCCCAUCGCCGGCAGCCGCCAGGGGCUGAGCAGCAUGUCGGCUGGCGGCGAGUGGGCUGACCUGGAUGACUUGGUGGCGCUGUGAGCAGCCGGGCUUGGGGCUACGGCUGGUUGCGGGUGCGCGUGCGGGUGCUGCAAUGUGAGCUGCGUCCUGGGGACGGAUGCCAGGGGCUGCGGGCAUGGGCGGAGUGGGCUGCACACCCGACAGGUGUGUAGCGCCUUGCCACGACGCCUAUGGUAAUGAGAGACUUGAAGCAGGAGGGCAGGGGAGUUUACUUCGGGGCGGCGCCAGCGCAUUGUUGUGUCAGCGUGUUGGCACGCGGGCGCUUUCUUCUUCUUUCUAGGCGAGCGCAGCUUCUUUACGCUUACUUCGCAGCCGUCCCUGGUUCUGAUGUGUUAGGUGACGGUGCGACUGCGGGCUUUGGAACUUAUGAGCCAUUUGCCGCGAGUUCGGGUGGGAUGGGACUCUCUUGAACCUCUGUGUGCGGAGUGUGAACGGGCGGGCAGACUGCGGGGUUGUCUAAGGCAUACUUGGUGGAGAUGCCGAGACUGAGGCGACGGCCAGUCCGGCACCAUGAGGCGCCGAUCCAGACACUACCUUAGCCCAUGGCUUGUUUGCAAAAGAUAUAUCACGUGUUUUGGGGAUUUGUUAAGCUUCUGGUGGGUGUAAUUACGGCCGCGCUGCUGACUGUUGCCGGAACGUAACAGCCGUUGAACCCGGAAAUGCCUGCAGCUUAAUGUGCAGCCGCGACAAACCCUGCUGAGGUGAUGGCGUGUUGAUGCUGGCAUCAAAAACCGGUGUUGUGCAUGCAUGUGUGUACGGUUGUUCGUGAGACGUGUGAAGUACGGGGUCCAGUUUGCAUGGAAUUAACCUCAUAAGUUGCGUACGCGCGGCAAGCUGUGAGGACGAUGCAAGAUUCCGGUAGGCUCGUCACAUCCGAUGCGCCGGUAACGAGUCCGACAUCGCAGCGUGCAUACGGCCAUUGACCCAGAUGGCGCAGGGUAUUAAUUUGGGUGGUGCCUGCAGCCGACGUUCUCGGACGGGCGACGUGGACGAGGCGUGCAUCCUGCCCUGCACGUGCACCCACGUGCGUCUGUGCGCACUAGCGUUCGAUCUUCGGUGCUUUGUUGUACAGCAGAACGCGCUGGGCGGCUGCAGGGGCGGCUGCGUGUGUGAAAGAUCAGGAAGGGGGACGACACGAAGAUGCCAUGGCGUCGUCGUGAUCAUGCACAUGGCCCGGUGACGAGAACUGAGAGGAGGGGGAGGACUGGAUGGCAGGGGAGGUGUGCUGGCGGUGGUGGGAAGCUGCGUGAAGCGUGAGUGCGUGACCACCGCAGAUGGUUGUGUUGGGCUGUAAAGAAAUGCAGGCAAACAUAUGGCUGGGAGAAAUCCCUGCGCUUCAAUGGCUGAAGGCUUGAACAGCGCAAGCAAGGUGGAGUACAUGGUGAAGGAGGUGCAGUGGGUGAGCGAGCGGGGUUACGAUGCUGCGGGCUCCCGCCAUCAAUAUGGAAG